AUGGCCAUCACGGAGUUUCCAGCCUUAGUAGAGAAGGCGAAGGUGGUUGAGCGGUUGGAAGGUGGUAAUCGCGGGGUGAAACCUGCUGAGGGGCCAUCUGGGUCCAAGAAAGGAGGGAACCAAAGGAAGUCGUAUGAUAGGCCCCAACCACAACAGGGGGGUCCUGUCAUCAGGCAACCUUCUGGUGCGGCAGGUGGAGGGAGACAGGGUGGAGGUGCCACUCUGAGGUGUUACAGGUGUGUUGGUCCCCACUUUGUCAGGGAUUGCCUGCACACUAAGAGUCGUUGUGUCAGAUGCCACCAGAUGGGCCAUGAGUUAGACAACUGUCCUACUAGAGAUGUAUCAGGGAGGAGUGAUGUACAGAGAGGUGGUGCCUAG